ACCCCGCCAUAAUCUCUCUCACCGAUCCCAGCUAGUACCCUGUGUGCGCAGCUCCCGUGCUUAUAUAUAGCUAUCUGCUGUCGACAGUUCGACUUUUUCUUAUCUUCCUCUCCCCACUCCUACCUACUACCUCUUCCUUUUCUCUCCCCCGUUAUUUCCACCGUUCUAUAGAAUAUCCCGUCAGAAUGGCUGCCAACCCCAUCCAGAAUGGUCUCUUCGUCCACGAGAACACUACUGCCCCCGAGCACCCCAGCUUGCUGAGCAUGUUCUCUCUGAAAGGCAAGACCGCCAUCGUUACUGGUGCUGGCGCCGGUAUUGGUCUCGCUGUCGCCAACGGUCUUGCGGAAGCUGGUGCCAACGUUGCCCUGUGGUGGAACACCAACGACAAGUGCCCUGAGCGUGCCGCUGAGAUCGCCUCUAAAUACGGUGUUCAGACCAAGGCUUACCAGGUCAACAUCACCAACGCCGAGGCCGUGCAGCAGGCCGUUGACCAGACCGUGAAGGACUUCAACGGCCGACUGGACGUCUUCAUUGCCAACGCCGGUAUCCCUUGGACCCAGGGUCCCAUGGUUGACGGCCCUCUUGCCCACUACACCGACGUUGUCAGCAUCGACCUCGACGGCACCUUCUACUGUGCCAAGGCUGCCGCCGCCCACUGGAGGAGACAGAAGGAGGAGGGAACCGACCUCAACGGCAACAAGUUGACCAACUUCACCUACGGUAGCUUUGUGGCUACCGCUUCCAUGAGCGGUCACAUUGUCAACUUCCCUCAGAUGCAAGCUGCCUACAACGCUGCCAAGUCGGCCGUUAUCCAUCUCUGCAAAUCUCUUUCGGUUGAGUGGGUUAAGUACGCCCGUGCCAACACCGUCUCCCCCGGCUACAUUGCGACCGAAAUCUCCAACUUCGUGCCCCAGGAGACCAAGAACAUCUGGAAGGACAAGAUCCCCAUGGGUCGUGAGGGUCGCCCUGAGGAAUUGAAGGGUGCCUACCUCUACCUGGCCUCGGAUGCCUCGAGCUACACCACCGGAGCAGACCUGGUUGUCGACGGUGGCUACUGCGCUCCAUAAGUGAUAUCCCUUUUUAAUUUAUUAUGUCCCGGCGAUUCUUUUACAUCUUGGGUUUACUAUACAUAACG